AUGAAGAAAGCUAACAGUUUGACCAAGCAGCUCCUCAGCUGGUGGCAUAAACUGCCGACAGCGUGGAUCCAUUUCGUGGUAGUUGAGUGUUCCGCCGUAUGGGCAGCCCUUGGGUCGUGGGUAGUCUUGAUCGGCCAAAUCCAAACAACCACGUCGAUUGGGAAAGUCGUCCAGGAUGUAGCCCAUAAGUAUUUCAUAUCUCUUUUUUUCUUGGGCUUCACCGUGGAGCAGAGUGCGACUUUCAGUGGCGUUAAGGAUCCGUAUUUCAUCGAUGAUCCAGAAGAAACUCCGAUCAAAUGGUUUGCGACUUACCAGGACAAGGACGACUGCACGAGCCAGUUGAAACAGUGUACACUCGUGCUCCCGGCAACUUCGUUGAUUUUUUUGUCUGCGAAUUUCGUGUGGCUGUUCCUCGCUUGGGCCCUUCCCUUUACCGCGGCGCUGCUUGUCUUCUACAAGCUGUUCUGCCUGGCGCGGAGCGGGAUCUGGAGCUUCGAGACCCUUGCGUAUUUAGAGUUCACGGAACACAUGUAUUCAAGCAUGCAGUACAAGGUUAUGAGUGCGUUGAUGGCGGUCAGCCCAGUAGGACUUAUUGUGUUAUGGGUCGCGCAAAUAGUGAUCUACCAGCUGCGCAACCAGUUGGAUGCGUUUAUUGCCAGCAUUCCCGCACUCGGCGUUCUACUCAUCGCAAUCAAGACCAUAUGUAUACCAUGGGUACGCGGCCAGCGUUUCCAGGAACAUGGCGACAUUCACGAAGUCUUGAGUCUUCGAGUGAAACGCCCUAUCAUGCAUAUCAACCCAGCUAACGCUAGCGCGCACAACGCCAUAUGGUCGUUGAACAUUAUGCGGGCACUCCUGUUGGCGAAGUUGGGGCGCUAUGAUAUGAUGAAGGAGUAUAUGUUCGUUGACUGGGAUGCGGACGAGGAAAUGUCCGAUGAGGAAUGCAGGCAGUUGGUCAGUAUCUGCGAGUCAGCACUUACGAAAGACGCCGUUGCACUUGGACGGGCGGCGCGCCCCAUGCUCGCCUUGUGCGUGGCGCUGAUCGCUGGUCUUGGCUGGCGGGCGAGUCCACCACAGCCCAGGCCCGAGCCGCCGAGCGAGGUCGGUGACGGGCUGAGCGCCGAGGCGCUGGCACUGCAUCUGCUGGUGAGCCUCCUCGCGCCGGUGUGGAUCGCGUUGGCGGAGAGCGGUGCUCGCGCGCGGGUGAGCUACGACGGCGACGUCAUGGACCAUGAGCGCGUCGUGGUUUGGCCCUCGCGUCGAGUCGAGGAUGGCGAGUUGGUGGACCCACACCUCUACUGGGUCCUCUCGCCAGAUGGUGACCUGUGGGAGGAGCUGCUCUCGGGGGCCUCGCCCGCAGACGGCCCCUCGGGCGGUGAGCGCAUCGCCAGCGGUGGGGCCCCGCCUGCUGACGGUCGGAAGCUCUACAGCUUCCGUGAGCAGCCGUCCCUCGCCAGGCUCGUGGAGUUGGCCGACGAGUGCCGACUAGCGAUGGAGGCCCGCGGGCAGGUUGCUGCCGAUGGGCCCGCCCAUGUGGAGCUCGCCUCGGGUAGGCUGCCGGAUGGCGGGGACGUCUUCCCGUGGCCCGCGGCCGACCUGGACAUCGGCGCGACCGUUGACCCGUUGAGCGAGACGCUCAUUGGUGCUGGAGUGGACGCCCUCCGGCUUCGGCGGGGCCGGGCGCUUCGUCUGGAGCUGAUGCCGCGGUGCGACGUGGCGAGCUGGAGGACGCGCCGCGUUGCCGAGCUGAGUCGCCUUCUGGAGGUGGCAGCUCCUGUGGCGGCGCUCGGCUCCUCCCCGCCUGACGGCGCCCUGGACGGCGCCGCCGCCAGUGGCACCGAGGGCGCUCCCGCCCCGGAUGGCGGUCCGUCGGCGGUCGCUUUGGCUGACGCCGCUAGCGACGACACUCGCACUCUCUGGGUCGAGUGGGACGACCAGGGCGAGCGAUACAAGGAGUUCAGGAAGGCCGUGAACGAGUCGUUGAGCUACGACUGGGGCCACCAGCGUUUGGAGGGCGGCCUGACGUGCUUGCACACCUGCAAGAUAAUGCACCGCACGGCAGGCACCCCUCGGGCGUGGCUCGAGAAGUUCUUGCGCGAUAAGAACAUCGCUCCCACCGACCGCGUCGCACAUGAGCUUCGGCCGCUGGUGGAGGCGCUCGAGGAGGCCGGGUCCUUCGACCAGGUUAACCUGGGGGGACUGGCCUGCCUGGAGGUGAUCGCGCGCCGGCUCAACGCGAUCGUUGACGCUUACAAGCGCGCGGGUGCCCCCUCGUUCGCCAACGCCAAGUACUUGGCUCCACUGGGCGAGGCUGACGACCUGAUGGCGCCCUCGCUGAGGAGCCACGUCAGCCGCCGCGCUAGGGAGGACUGGGAGGUCGAGCAGUCUAUGAAGAAGGCCGAGGCGGUGGAAUUGGUGAACCGCGCCCUCCACAGCUUGAACUGGCUGGCGGGCUUCAAGGGCGCGGCUGCUUCACCGAGUCCAGGCGUGACAACCCUGGACAAGCAUGCAGCCCUUCAGCAGCACCUGCUUCGUGAAGCUCAUCGGCGACAGGCCGCAGCUCCGGAGGUGAUGCCGAAGGCGGAGGCAGCCCUGAGGGAGCUGCUCCGGGGGCAGUCCGUAUACGAGACGGACUCUGCCCCAAGGAACCUCGUCUCCUACCAGCCCGGCAAGGUCUCGCUGCCCAAUAGCGUGCUGGACUGCCGCUUCAUUGAGGACAUCGUGAGCCCUGGGUGCCGCUCGUUCUUGGAGGAGAAUCACAAGCGAAUGAGGUUGGAGCCGGAGACAGUGGACUUCGACAGCAUGCCGCGGUUGUACAUGGACCCAGUGCUGAAGAGGAAUUCAAACUCUUAUCGUACCUUCUUGCGAGAUCUUGCUGGACGUGGACUUCUGGGAGUAACCGCCAGGCCCGCCGAGUCGGUGGGCCUGUUUUUCGUGGCUAAGUCAAACGGGGCUCAGCGCAUGAUAAUCGACGCUAGGCGAAGCAACGGCCACUUCAGAACUCCGCCGGGGGUGCAGCUUCUCAGCAGCGAGGGAUUCGGCCGGAUCGAGAUAGAGUUGCCGCUGGGUGUCUUGCCCUCAUCAGUUGAGGGGCAGCGGCUUCUGGAUGCCUUCACUGUCUACGUGGCCACCACCGACGUGAAGGACUGCUUCUACCGAAUGCGCGUCCGCGAGGACCUCGGCCGCUACUUCUGCCUGCCCGCCGUCCCGAAGCACGUGCUCGAUGGGAUUCAGGUGGCCGGCGCCCCGGCGGAUGCUCCGCCGGACGCCCCCGCGCGGCCCUACCUCGCCGCGCUUCCGAUGGGUUUCACGCGGUCGCUGUACCUGGCCCAGGCCGCGAAUGAGGACAGGGCGUGCCGUAGCCCCAGCCUGUGCAAGGCGAUGCCAGCUGACAGACAACAGCCCUUGAUUCAGGAUCAGGCCGAGGCUCCUGUGCUACGUGCCGCCUCGCGCGGGGUCGGAAGUGCUUACGUGUACGUGGACAUCCUUGGCGCCGUUUCGGACGACGCCGACCUCAGUGACAGGAUGGUCUCCGAGUGGGGCGAUCUGUUCGAGCCGGUCGGCCUGGCGCUCCACAAGUCUGAGUCCCACGGCGGCGCUGGCGAGGCUCUCGGCACUGAGCUUGACGGCGCUCGCCUUCGCUCGGGGAUCACCUCGAGCCGGUUUUGGAAGCUCGAGCGAGGCUCGGCCUGGGAAACCGUCCGGAAGGGAGUUUGGGGCCUUAGCGAGGGCAUUUUGGUGCUGGAGGCCCGGGCCUUGGUGAAGGCCAUCCGUAGGCUCGCCAGGAGUCAGGACUUCAAGCUCUUAGUCCAGAUUCGACGCUUCAACGCCUGUGCCCUUGCCCUUGGCAUCGCCCCGUACUUUAGAUGGAUUCCCUCAGAGUUUAACCAGAGCGAUGCCGGUCAGGCUUUCCUCGCUUCCGUGCCCGAAGAGUCUGUUCCGACGGAUGCGUGCUCGGGCGCUGCGGCCGCCGCGGGCUCCAGCGCAGGCGAGUUCUCCAGCACCGUCGCGAGUUCUGCCACGUCCUGGACAAGGGACCAUGGCGCCCGCUCGGUCAGGGCACGCUUGGAGAGCCACCUUCGCCAGCCGCCGUUGCCGCCCCCUGUGACGCUCGAGGACCUCGCUCCCGCGGCCUGCGCUGGCGACGACGAGGCGGACGCCGGGGAAGGAGGCGAGUCGAGCGGGUCCGACAGCGUGGUGAACCACGCGACUGCGGCCUCGAGGAGGUCUCGACGCCUCCAGGACUCCCGGCGCCGACGCCGCGCGGCCUUCUACACGGACAUGAUCAUGCAGACCAUGGCCGGUGGGCCCACCUUGCUGGAGCGACUGGCGGUGACUCGCCGGACGAGGGAGCGCUAUGCCAAGUAUCUCGAUCGUUUCUACUCGCAUGCCGGCCUGACCGACGACAAGCUCGUGAGGAGCUCGGACGAGACCGUGGAUUGCUGGGUGUGCGACUACUUCACCGCGAUGUACCUGUCCGGGGAGCAGAGCAGCCUGGGGGGCCAGACUGGAGCCGCCCUCAUCGACCGACACCCAGCUUUCGGCCGACGGGGCGGGAGAGCCCUGCCGCGGACGUGGCGAGCGCUCAAGGCGUGGAGGCGGCUGACGCCCUCGCGCACCCCCCGAGCGCUGCCGCUCGCCGUGUGGUCAGCAGUGAUGUGGCGGCUGGUGGACAAGGGCCUCCCAUUCAUGGCCCUGUUCUUGGCCGUAGGCCUCUCUGCCUAUUCAAGGCCCUCUUCCCUGCUGGCAGCCCGCAAGUGCGACCUGGUCCCGCCUUCACGCGCGACAGUGGACAGCUGGAGCCUUCUGACGCACCCAGAGGAGGAGGGCAGACCAAGCAAAACGAAUCGCUACGACGAGGGCUGCCUCCUGGACUCGAGUUACCUCCGGGGGCUGGGUCCGCUGUUCGCCGAGCUCAGAGGGCACGGAGACAGGACCAAGCUGUGGCCUUUCACGUACCUGGAGCUCUCGCAGGCGGCGCAGCUGGCAGCGGCCGAGGUCGGGGUUGGCAAGCUGACACUGUAUCAGCUCCGCCACUCAGGCGCGAGCAUCGACGCCAGCAGGCGCACGCGCAGCCUAGAGGAGAUUCGAAGGCGCGGCUGCUGGGCUCAGGCAAAAAGCAUGCACAGGUACGAGCACAGCAGCCGUCUGAGCGCCGAGUACGAGCGCUUUCCCGCGGACCAGAGACGCCUGUACGAGGCUUGCGAGGUCCAUCUGAUGAGGAUCAUGCUCGGGCAAGCGCACCCAGUCCAGUUCAGCCGUCGAAUGCUGACCUGGCAGUCGCGCGUGCCAAGCUAA